AAUAGUACACAGAGAGUUCCAGAUCCAUUCAGAAACAACUUCUUACAUGAACAUGGUACUCAAUGUGUUAAAGAUUGUCCUUCUAAUUAUAUGCCUGUUCCUAGUAAUAGAACUAUGAGAUGUGUUUUAUGCAAUGAUACUUGUCCUAAAGGUAAAAUUAUAUGCAUAAGAGGUAUAGAUGAAUUAUUAUCUAGAAUGUACUGGUGGUGUAUUUGAUUACAAUGAUCCUGGAAAACUGACUGGAUGUACUGUCAUUACUACUGAACUUAGGAUUUCAAGUGUACCUCCAAAUGUUAAUCCAUCAAUAUUGAAUGAUCUCAAUGACAUUAGAGAGAUAUGUGGCUCACUGGAUAUUAGUGGAUUCAAUAAAGAGACUUUUCCAUACUUAUCUAGCUUGAAAACUGUUGGUAAUGAUUCCACUCAAGUUUUAUCACAGUCAUGCAAUGGAUCAAGUGACUCAACUAAGUUUUCUGUUAUAAUAGCUAAUACUGAUUUAGUUAGCAUUGAUCUCUCAUCCCUUGAAACUGUCAUCAAUGGUGGUAUACAAUUGGAGAAUAAUCCUUCUUUAUGUUACCUUGGGAAUUUGAGCUACUACCUGGCCAAUGCAUCAUCAUCAUCUUGUGUGUUGGAUAAUCACAGAAGCAGUAUUAAUGAAUGUGUUAAAAUGAAGAUGACAUGUCAUCCUCAAUGUUCAUCUGCUUCUGGUUGGUGCUGGGGGCCUAAUGAUACUCAAUGUGUGACUUGUACAAACUUCAUUUUUAACAAACAGUGUGUACCAGAUUGUCAUGACUUUGAUACGCAUAGAGUUCACUUAUUCAAUCAUAAUGCUAACAAUACUUGCUUACCUUGUCACUCAUUUUGUAAUGGCUCAUGUAUUGGAGAGGGUCCUGCCAACUGUAGUAGCUUACAUAGAGAUUUAGCUGCUCGUAAUGCCCUUGUUCAAAGCCAUCUUAAAGUUCUUAUCACUGAUUUUGGACUAACACGGUUCAUUGAACCUGAUGAGUCUCAUUAUGAAGCAUCUGGAUCAAAACUGCCUGUUCGCUGGCUACCACCUGAAAGUAUACGGCAAAGAAUAUUCACACACAAAACUGACAUUUGGAGCUUUGGUGUAACAGUAUGGGAGAUACUAACAUUUGGAGAAUCUCCUUUCAAAGGCAAAAGUGUAUUUGAGCUGCUGAAACUGCUGGAGAAAGGUUGGGAACUAGAGCCUGAGAAACGACCAUCUUUUGAAGACCUUGUCUAUCAGUUUAAUACCAUGAUGAUGUCUCCCAAAAAAUAUGUAAAAAUUAAAAAAACUAGAGCUUUGAGGGGAACUGUGUAUACAAGUCAUGAUGGCAACAAUAAAGAGAGCAAUUUUCAUAAAAGAAGAAAUGAAGACACUGGAAAUGUUGAUUGCUUACAUGAAGAUUCUAAUGACAAGGAUGGUUACGUUGAUUGCUUACAAGAAGAUUCUAAUGAUAAGGAUGGUUACGUUGAUUGCUUACAUGAAGAUUCCGAUGAUAAUGAUGGUUACGUUGAUUGCUUACAAGAAGAUUCUAAUGAUAAGGAUGGUUACGUUGAUUGCUUUGAUGAAGGUGCCAAUGAUGCAGUAAUAAUGAAGACACUGGCUACUUCAAUUGCUUAAAGUGAAUGAGAUGGUACUAUAUUGACUAUUUUUCAUUGAUUAAGUUUACAAUAAAAUUAAUGUAAUUCGUAGAUACUAUAGCUAUAAUAGUAAUUUUCUGUAAUUUUUUAUUGUUUUAUU